AUGGCCCUUAUACCACGGCCCUCACCACGGCCCUCACCCACGGCCCUCACCACGGCUCACCACGGUCCUCACCCACGGCUCUCCACCAUGGCCCUUAUACCAGGCCUCACACCAUGGCCCUUAUACGCGCCUCACCCACGGCCCCACCUCCACGGCCUCACACCACGGCUCACCACGGCCCUCAUCACCCACGGCCCUCACACCAUGGCUAUACCACGGCCCUCACUCCCGGCCCUCACUCCACGGCUCACACCACGGUCUCACUCAACGACCUCACACCAUGGUUUACCAUGGCCCCACCACGGUCCAUAUUUCGGCCCUUAUACCAUGACCAUAUCACGGCCCUCACACCACGGUCCUUAUAUUUCAGCCCUUAUACCACGGCCCUCACACCACGGUCCUUAUACGGCCCUUAAUGGCCCCCAUCACGGCCUCACACCACGAUCCUUACACCACGGUCCUUAUAUUUCGGCCCCUUAUACCAUGACCACAUCACGGCCCUCACACCACGGUCCUUAUAUUUCGCCCUAUACCACGGCCUCACACCACGGUCCUUAUAUUACGGCCCUCACCACGGCCCUCAUCCACGGCCCUCACACCACGGUCCUUAUAUUGGCCCAUGCAUCACGGCCUUCACACCACGGUCCUUAUAUUACGGCUCACCACGGCGGCCCCACUCCACGGCCUCACAUGGCCCUUAUACCACGGCCCUCACACCACGGUCCUAUAUUUCGGCCCCUAUACCUGACCCCACAUCACGGCCUCACCACCACACGGUCCUUAUAUUUCGCCCUUAUACCAUGA